UCUCCGUUUAAAAUUUUGUUUGGCCUUAGUUGGGGGCUUACCCAAGUUGUUUACUUCUUUGCGAAAUUCUCGCAUUUAAUAUUGUAUAAACAAACAAUGUAAAAUUUACAAUGUACCAAAUAUUUCAUAAAUAUUUCAUAAAAUAUUAUCAAAUCAAUUGUGCAAUUAUUGAAUAUUGUAUUCUAUACAUUUAAAAAAAUGGAAUUUCUGAGAUCCCAUGGUUUAAAAUCACUUUGAAAGGGUAACGGACAAGGCGUAUGUGUAGAUUGAGGUAGUCAACCGUCUAAAAAUCGAGUGCAUGCCGGCCUCACGGUGCCAGUGUUUGAGAGACCAUCGAGGAGAUUGUUCCCUAUGCCGCUCCAACUUCAAAAGUUAUUUAAUCAUUUGUUUUAUAAAAAAUGCUGGUCGUGUCCAAGAGUCUGUUGAUUACAUUGUCGGUUCUGCUGCUGCCAACGAAACGAUUCGGAUCGGUGGAUGGCCAUAAAGUGACGGCCACUUUAAUUACGAAUCACAACUACCCAGUGGAAGAGCACACGGUGCACACCCCGGAUGGUUAUAUACUUACCAUUUACCGCAUUCCAACUUCCUUUAAAAGUCAACAAUUAAACGGCACAAUCGAAAAAAAAGUGGUUUUUCUGCAGCAUGGCAUUUUGUGUGCUUCCGACGACUGGAUCAUUAAUGGGCCAGAAACAUCACUGGCCUAUAUGUUUGCUGAUGCUGGUUUUGACGUUUGGCUUGGGAACGCUCGGGGUAAUACAUACUCUCGGCAGCACAAACACAUCCACCCGGACACAUCUGACUUUUGGCGCUUUAGCUGGCAUGAGAUUGGAGUCUACGACCUGGCAGCUAUGCUUGAUUAUGCGCUCGCUGAAAGCAAAUCGAGCUCGCUUCAUUUUGUAGCACACUCGCAGGGAACCACUACGUUCUUUGUUUUGAUGUCUUCGCUACCCUGGUACAACGAGAAGGUGCGAUCUGUACACCUCCUUGCGCCUAUUGCAUAUAUGCGAAGCCAUUCGUUCAUUCUGUCAAAGUUGGGGGGUAUUUUCUUAGGCUCGCCGUCAUUCCUAAGUUGGGUGCUUGGUAGCAUGGAGUUGUUGCCUAUUACAAAUGUACAAAAACUAAUGUGCGAGUACGUUUGUUCUCAGGGCUCUUUUUUUAAAUUUCUAUGCUCUGGUUUACUAGACUUUAUUGGAGGAUGGGGAACUCGACACUUAAACCAGACCUUGCUUACGGACGUGUGCGUUACUCAUCCAGCGGGAGCAUCCACCAGCCAGAUUAUUCACUAUUUACAGCUGUACACCUCGGGUGACUUUCGACAAUAUGAUCAUGGUCGAGAGCAGAAUGAAAUUCUAUAUCAACAGGCCAUACCACCUUCAUACAACGUUCGAAACAUCAAGACCUGCGUUGAAAUGUAUUACAGUGAGAACGACUAUAUGUCAGCUGUGGAAGAUGUAGAAUACUUGGCUUCCUUGUUGCCCUGUGUUGAACUAUACCGUAUACCAUAUUCUGACUGGAACCACUAUGACUUUCUUUGGUCCAUUAAUGUUAAAGAAGUGAUUAAUAAUAGAAUAUUAGACAAGAUUCUUGUAUAUGACCGGGAUCAUGGAAAUUCUUUGAGUUUGUAGCGUAUGAAGAAAAAUAUUAGAAAAAUGUUAGAUAUGUAACCAAAGUGAAGUCUUUAAAUUGUAAAGCUUGUAAGUGAUAUUUUAAUUUAAUCUUACUGUAUAUUAAAUAAAAUUGUUUUGUGAUAAUUAGGCAAAAUUUUGUUUUAAAAAUUCAGGUUUACGUAGAUAAGAAUCUGUUGACUUCAUUCAAUUAAAACUUGUAUGUUAAUCCUCAUAAAUGUAUGUAUGUAACAAAUGAUGUUAACAAUAAAUGU